UUCCCACAGCUGCCGGCUGUCAAUCAAACGUACUUUGGCAGAAGGUCAGCAGGCGGGAGGACGAGCGAGUUCCGACAUUUGACAACAUUCAGGCUGGACAUGAGGGCUGGACAUGCUGCUGCUGCUGCUGUGCUUCUCCUCUCGCUGCUCCUGCCUGCGUGCUGGUGCAGGAACGAGGAGGAGCGCCUCAUCAACUUCCUGUUCAAGGAGCGCGCCUACAACAAGGAGCUGCGUCCCGUGCAGAGGCAGCAGGACGCCGUGGACGUCUACCUCGCUCUCACCCUCUCCAACCUCAUCUCCUUGAAAGAAGUGGACGAGACGCUGCUCACCAACGUUUGGAUCGACCACACAUGGACAGACUACCGGCUGACGUGGAACGAGACCGAGUUUGACGGCAUUAAUAUGCUCCGCCUCCCGUCCAGCAUGGUGUGGCUUCCAGAGAUCGUGCUGGAAAACAACAACGACGCCCAGUUCCAGGUGGCCUACUACAGCAACGUGCUGGUGGACAGCAGCGGUCUGUGCUACUGGUUGCCUCCCGCCAUCUUCCGCUCCUCCUGCUCCAUCAACGUCAACUACUUCCCCUUCGACUGGCAGAACUGCACGCUCAAGUUCACCUCGCUCACGUACAACGCCAAGGAGAUCCGAAUGCUCCUGAAGGAGGAGGCAGACGAGACGAGCAAGUGGACAGUGGAGUGGAUCAUCAUCGACCCCGCUGGUUGGACAGAGAACGGCGAGUGGGAGGUGAUCCACCGUCCGGCAAAGAGGAACACCUACAGGCACAUUCCCAUGGAGAGCAACAAGCACCAGGACAUCACCUUCUACCUGAUCAUCAAGCGCAAACCUCUCUUCUACAUCGUCAACAUCAUCAUCCCCUGCGUGCUCAUCUCCUUCCUCGCCUCACUCGUCUACUACCUGCCUGCCGACAGUGGCGAGAAGAUGACCUUGUCCAUCUCGGUGCUGCUCGCUCAGUCUGUCUUCCUGCUGCUGAUCUCUCAAAGGCUGCCGGAAACAUCCAUGUCUGUUCCGCUUAUCGUCAAGUAUCUGAUGUUCAUCAUGGUGCUCGUGACGGUGGUGGUGUUAAACUGCGUGGUGGUCCUCAAUCUGCACUUCAGGACCCCGAGUACUCACGUCAUGUCUGAGUGGACCAAGAGGUUCUUCCUUGAGCGUCUGCCUCGCAUCCUGCGUAUGUCCCGCCCGGCGGAGGCGGAGCCUUACUGGGACGGGGCGCUGCCACGGCGGUCCAGCUCGGCGGGCUACAUCGCCUCGGCCGAGGAGUACUACAGCGUCAAGUCUCGCAGCGACCUCAUGUUCGAGAGGCAGUCGGUGAGACACGGCCUCACCGCCCGACCCACACACGCCGCAGUGAAAAAGCUGCAGGGGGACGGCGGCGUCACGGAACAGCUGUACGGGGAAAUCAAGCCGGCAGUGGACGGAGCCAACUACAUCAUCAAGCACAUGCGCAACAAGAACGACUACAACGAGGAGAAAGACAACUGGAGCGGCAUCGCUCGCACGGUGGACCGACUCUGUCUCUUUCUGAUCACCCCGGUGAUGACCUUUGGCACCAUUAUCAUCUUCCUCAUGGGCCUCUACAACCACCCUCCGCCUUUGCCUUUCGCUGGAGAUUCCUACAACUACAGAGAGGAAAACCCUCGUCUAAUGUGACAAACACACACACACACACACGUAUUCUCUUGUCUUUGACUUUUGUUUUGGCUUUUUUUCUGUAGCGUGAUGUGAAUAAUGAAAUUAGAUCAAUUUAAUCAGAAUGACAGGGCGUAAGUGUGCAUUUGUUUUGUAUUUUGGAUGUAAUUAACCACUACAAGUGUCUAACCGGGACAAAAACACUUCUUGGGAAUGCAGUAAUUAUAUUAUUAUUAUAGUAUAUGCUGUAAUUAUGUACCUGGACUAAACUGCAAAGUGGACAUGUGCUGUGCUUUGUAGUAAAACAAGCGCUCAUUUUAUCCUGUAA